AUGAAAGAAAUAAUAACAGAAGAAACAGGAAGUGGGAUUGUGGACCUACAGGCCGGCAGCACCUCCGGACUAGAACCGUGCUCUCGGAGCACCCAGCCAUCAAAUCCUUUCUGCUGCCGUGACUGUCGCCUCCCAAGAAAAGUCGUGGGACCAUGUCGAAUAUGGAAAUUGCAUCUAUGUUACCACUUAAGCGAUGAGGUCGAGCUCCCAGUGCUAUACAAACACCUAUUUAACUUGAAGUUUGCUGCAAAGGAACUUAAUAGGAAUGCCAAGAAAUGUGAUAAAGAAGAAAAGGCUGAAAAGGCCAAGAUUGAAAAGGCCAUUCAGAAAGGUAACACAGAAGUUGCAAGAAUACAUGCUGAAAAUGCAAUCUGCCAGAAAAACCAAGCAUUUAAUUUCUUGAGAAUGGGUACUAGGGUUGAUGCUGUGGCAGCCAGAGUUCAAACUGCAGUAACAAUGGGCAAGGUAACCAAGCCCAUGGCAGGCGUAGUUAAGUCUAUGGAUGCUGCAUUGAGGAGUAUGAACCUUGAAAAGAUUUCUGCCCUGAUGGACAAAUUUGAACAGCAGUUUGAAACACUGGAUGUUCAAAUGCAGCAAAUGGAAGACACAAUGAGUAGUACUACAACCCUAACAAUACCACAAAACCAAGUGGAUAUGCUGCCUCAAGAAAUGGCAGAUGAAGCUGGCCUUGAUCUCAAUAUGGAACUACCACAAGGUCAGACAGGUUCUUUUGGCACAAGUGUUACUUCCACAGAACAGGAUGAUCUACCACAGAGGCUUGCUCAUCUAUGCGAUCAAGUGUAA